AUCAAACAAUCGAAUAGCGCACCAUGUCGGCGGAUCUGUUCGCGGAGUUUGGAGACUUUGGCGCAGCACCUGCACAGCAGCAACAGCAACAGCAGUCUCAAUCAUCACACCAGCCCCCUAAACCGGUUGCACCACAAGCCGCUCCAUCAUUCAGUUUCUUCGACGACCUAGCUGGUCCCACGAGUACUCCCCAGGCAGCUCCAGCAAGACAGCAAUCACAGCCACAAGACCCGUUUAACCAAACAUGGGGAACUCAACCGGCAAAGACGGACGACAAUGAUGACUGGGGUGAUUUCGAAGGCGAAUCUUCAUCACAGCCUGCUCUCCCUGCGUCAUCAUCGACAGCCCAGGGGACGUUUGGUACAGCUCCGUCGACUCAAUCUUCAUCACAGAGUCAAUUGAAUUGGCAAACAAAACCUCCAAACCAGAUCUCCGCUUUUGACGCUCCGUCAACCCAGAAGGCCCAAAGUCACCAGACGUCAUCUCUAAACUGGCAGUCUACGCCCACAUCCAACUUUCAUGAUGCUUUUAGUUCCCAGCCAAUUCGUCAGUCCCAGGAGCAAUCCCAGUUCAAUUGGCAGCCAGCGCCGGUCAUCAAGGCAAAGAAGAGCGCUGAUCCCAGCGUGCUCUUCGAUGCGGAAGAUGAUUUCGACGACGAUGACGACUUUGGCGAUUUCGAAGGCGACGACGCGGUACCUACGCCGUCGGCCACCCCAGCACCAGCACCAGCACCAGCACCUCGUUCAACUGGCAUGGAAGACUUACUAGGGGAUCUCACCGUGUCGGAACCGCAGACCAAACCGCAACCUCGUGCUCCAGCAAAGAAGACGACCAAAAACCAGGUCGGAGCAUUUGGGACGACCGCACGUGCUAAGGAGCCCAAAUCCCCCGUCAAACCAGCCCAGCCCGAGCCAAAGGAAGAAGACUCUUGGGAUGCAUUCGACGACUGGGAAGCUACGAUUCCUACGAAAAAGCCCGCUGCGAAAGCGGCUCCGGAACCAAAGAAAGCAGCCACCCCAACGCCCAAAGAACCAGCAUCAAGUCUCAUAUCAUCCGACCUCAACGAAGCACAACCCGGCGAACUUCCCCCUACGAACGUACCUCCCCCAGCCGUCCUUCUCUCCCUCUUCCCACCCCUCUUCGCCGAAGCGCAGGACAAGCUCUUCAAGCCCAUGGCCGCACAACCCAUCCCCAUGAGAAACAAACUCGUCUCCGACCCCUCCACGAUCACCUACCUCCAAUCCUUCCUUCUCGUCGCCUCCGUCGCCGCACGCAUCAUCUCCGCCCGCAAGCUCCGCUGGAAACGCGACGCCCACCUCUCCCAAGGCAUGCGCAUCGGGCCCGCCUCCUCGCGCGCCACCUCCGGCAUGAAGCUCACCGGCAUCGACAGAAGCGAAGCCAUGAAGGAGGACCGCGAGGUCGCGGACGUCGUCCGCGCGUGGAAAGAACAGGUCGGGCGCCUCCGCCACGUCGUCUCCGCCGCGAAUCAAGCCCGCCCCGGGUCGCUGGGUGCGGUGCCCGAUUUGCAGGAGACGAUGCCGGUCAGGACGCUGAAGCAGAGUGAGGGCGGGGUUCCUGCGCCCAGGCCUUGUAUGCUGUGUGGGAUGAGGAGGGAGGAGAGAGGGAGUGGGGAUUUGGGCGUUGAAGAUAGCUUUGGGGAGUGGUGGGUUGAGCAGGUUAGUAUGCAUCGAGGAUGUAGGAAUUUCUGGAAUCAGCAUAAAGACAUGCUUAGGCAACGGUGAGCAUCGCCGGAGUUGGGAUAUAGCAUUUGAUUAGGAUGGCGUUGCAUGGCCUGGCACGGUGCGGCAUAUUCGCGAGAACAUUGGCGAGAUCUUUAGACUGUUAACUGGCUACAAUCUACUCUUGAGUAGGCAGUCCUUGUAUAAAGAAAAACUAUUUGAAGUCAAUAGGCUUCUGCAGCAUACCUCCCUCUUGUUGAGGCCCAU